UUUAAAUGAAGAAGAAAUACAUGCAAAUCUGGUGAUGGUCUCUGGAGCACCACUUCAGGGGCAGUUGGUAGCAAGACCUUCCAGUAUGAACUAUAUGGUGGCUCCUGUAACUGGAAAUGAUGUUGGGAUUCGCAGAGCAGAAAUUAAACAAGGGAUUCGUGAAGUCAUUUUAUGUAAGGAUCAAGAUGGAAAAAUUGGACUCAGGCUUAAAUCAAUAGAUAAUGGUAUAUUUGUUCAGCUAGUCCAGGCAAAUUCUCCAGCCUCAUUGGUUGGUUUGAGAUUUGGCGACCAGGUACUCCAGAUCAAUGGUGAAAACUGUGCAGGCUGGAGCUCUGAUAAAGCUCACAAGGUGCUCAAACAGGCUUUUGGAGAGAAGAUCACAAUGACCAUUCGUGACAGGCCUUUUGAGCGGACAAUUACUAUGCAUAAGGACAGUACUGAAAACGUUGGCUUUAUCUUUAAAAAUGGGAAAGUAACAUCCAUAGUGAAAGAUAGUUCUGCAGCCAGAAACGGUCUUCUCACGGAACAUAACAUCUGUGAGAUCAACGGCCAGAACGUCAUUGGAUUGAAGGACUCUCAAAUUGCAGACAUACUAUCAACAUCUGGGACUGUAGUUACCGUCACAAUCAUGCCUGCUUUUAUCUUUGAACAUAUUAUUAAACGGAUGGUGCCAAGCAUUAUGAAAAGCCUGAUGGAUCACACCAUCCCUGAAGUUUAA